GGAAGCAGCUGGGAGGGAGGGUUCGGAGCUUGGCUUGGGUCCUCGUCGGUACCCCUCCCCCCCGACAGCCGUAGACUGGGCCGACCAGACGCCCCCUCUGGCACACUCCCUGGGGCAGGCGCUCACGCACGCCCACGAACACACACUCCCCUUUCCUGCUUCUCGCGCCCUCUCCCAUCCUUCUUCCCUAGCGCUUUCUUACUCUCUCUUUUUCUCUCUCUAGCUCUUCCUUUCGCUCCCUCGCUCGCUCACAUCGGAUCGUCUCCGACCAGGCGCUCUCCUCACGCCCACCUGCUCCGUGGCGCCCUCCGUUCACCCCUACGUCGCGCGCCCAGCCUCUCGCGCUCUCCGCCCUGACAAUCGCAGCCACGGGGAAUAGCGUAUCCCCGGGGAGCGCCCCCGAUCCGCUCCUGCUCCUGUCCACAGGGGCGCGCCUGAUGCCCAGAACGGGCCGCUAAGCCCGAGGACACGGAAGAGACCAUGGUGGGAGCGCUCGCCCUCCGCUGUGCCCACUGAGGCCAUGCUGGGGCCCCAGCGCUCCACCGGCGCCCGCCCGCGCCUUCUUGUGCUCCUGCUCCUGCUUUUGCCGCCGCUGCUGCUGCUGCUCCGGGGUAGCCAUGCGGGCGACCUGACGGUAGCCGUGGUGCUGCCACUGGCCAACACCUCGUACCCGUGGUCGUGGGCUCGCGUGGGACCGGCCGUGAAGCUGGCUCUCGCUCGAGUGAAGGCGCGACCCGAUUUGCUGCCAGGCUGGACCAUCCGUACGGUGCUGGGCAGCAGCGAGAACGCGCUGGGCGCCUGCUCGGACACCACUGCGCCCCUGGCCGCAGUGGACCUCAAGUGGGAGCACAACCCCGCGGUGUUCCUGGGUCCUGGCUGCGUGUACGCCGCCGCCCCGGUGGGACGUUUCACCGCGCACUGGCGGGUGCCGCUGCUGACCGCCGGCGCCCCGGCGCUGGGCUUCGGGGCCAAGGAGGAGUACGCACUGACCACCCGCGCGGGGCCAAGCCACGCCAAGCUGGGCGACUUCGUGGCUGCGCUGCAUCGACGGCUGGGCUGGGAGCGCCAGGCGCUUGUACUCUACGCCUACCGGCCGGGUGACGACCAGCCCUGCUUCUUUGUAGUGGAGGGAUUGUACAUGCGGGUCCGUGAGCGCCUCAACAUCACAGUAGACCACCUGGAGUUCGGCGAGGGAGAUCACGACCACUACACUAUGCUGCUGCGCACCGUGCGGCGUAAAGGCCGAGUUAUCUACAUCUGCAGCUCCCCAGACACCUUCAGGACCCUGAUGCUCCUGGCCCUGGAGGCUGGCCUUACUGGGGAGGACUAUGUUUUCUUCCACCUCGAUGUGUUUGGACAAAGCCUGCAAGGGGCAAAGGGCCCCGAACCACCUAGACCCUGGGAGAGACAGGAUGGGCAGGAUGUCAGUGCACGCCAGGCCUUUCAGGCUGCCAAAAUCAUUACUUAUAAAGAACCGGAUAAUCCUGAGUACUUGGAAUUCCUGAAGCAACUAAAACUCUUGGCCCAAGAGGAGUUCAACUUCACCAUGGAGGAUGGUCUGGAGAACACUAUCCCAGCAUCCUUCCAUGAUGGGCUCCUGCUCUAUGUCCAGGCAGUGACAGAGACUCUGGCACAUGGGGGAACUGUCACUGAUGGGGAGGACAUCACUCAGCGGAUGUGGAACCGAAGCUUCCAAGGCGUGACCGGAUUCCUGAAAAUUGACAGCAACGGAGACCGGGAGACUGACUUCUCUCUCUGGGAUAUGAAUCCCGAGACUGGCGCCUUCAGGGUUGUACUGAACUACAAUGGAACUUCCCAAGAGCUGGUGGCUGUGUCAGGGCACAAUCUAUACUGGCCCCUGGGGUACCCUCCUCCUGACAUCCCUAAAUGUGGCUUUGACAAUGAGGACCCGGCCUGCAACCAAGACCACUUUUCCACACUGGAGGUGCUGGCUUUGGUGGGCAGCCUCUCCUUGCUUGGCAUCUUGAUUGUCUCCUUCUUCAUAUACAGGAAGAUGCAGCUGGAGAAGGAGCUGGCCUCAGAGCUGUGGCGGGUGCGCUGGGAAGACGUGCAACCCAGCAGCCUUGAGAGGCACCUCCGGAGCGCAGGCAGCCGGCUGACCCUGAGCGGGAGAGGCUCCAAUUACGGCUCCCUGCUAACCACAGAGGGCCAAUUCCAAGUGUUUGCCAAGACAGCAUACUAUAAGGGCAACCUCGUGGCUGUGAAGCAUGUGAACCGUAAACGCAUUGAGUUGACACGAAAAGUCCUGUUUGAACUCAAGCAUAUGCGGGAUGUGCAGAAUGAACAUUUGACAAGGUUUGUGGGUGCCUGCACUGACCCCCCCAACAUCUGUAUCCUCACAGAGUACUGCCCCCGUGGAAGCCUGCAGGACAUUCUGGAGAAUGAGAGCAUCACCCUGGACUGGAUGUUCCGGUACUCACUCACCAAUGACAUUGUCAAGGGAAUGCUGUUUCUACACAACGGGGCCAUUUGCUCCCAUGGGAACCUGAAGUCAUCCAACUGUGUGGUAGACGGGCGCUUCGUGCUUAAGAUCACCGACUACGGAUUGGAGAGCUUCAGGGACCCAGAGCCAGAACAAGGACAUACUCUCUUCGCCAAAAAGCUGUGGACAGCCCCUGAGCUCCUGCGAAUGUCUUCCCCCCCAUCCCGGGGCUCCCAGGCUGGUGAUGUGUACAGCUUUGGGAUCAUCCUUCAGGAGAUUGCCCUGAGGAGUGGGGUCUUCCAUGUGGAAGGUUUGGACCUCAGCCCAAAAGAGAUCAUUGAACGUGUGACUCGGGGUGAGCAGCCUCCUUUCCGGCCCUCCCUGGCUCUGCAGAGCCACCUGGAGGAGCUGGGGCAGCUGAUGCAGCGGUGCUGGGCAGAGGACCCACAGGAGCGACCACCCUUCCAGCAGAUCCGCCUGACAUUGCGCAAGUUUAACAGGGAGAACAGCAGCAAUAUUCUGGACAACCUGCUGUCCCGCAUGGAGCAGUAUGCCAACAACCUGGAGGAGCUGGUGGAGGAGCGCACACAGGCAUACCUGGAGGAGAAGCGAAAGGCUGAAGCCCUACUCUACCAGAUUCUGCCUCACUCAGUGGCUGAGCAGCUGAAGCGCGGAGAGACUGUCCAGGCUGAGGCUUUUGACAGUGUUACCAUCUACUUCAGUGACAUUGUGGGUUUCACAGCCCUGUCAGCAGAGAGCACACCCAUGCAGGUGGUGACCCUGCUCAAUGACUUGUAUACUUGCUUUGAUGCUGUCAUAGACAACUUCGAUGUGUACAAGGUGGAGACCAUUGGUGAUGCCUACAUGGUGGUGUCAGGGCUCCCAGUGCGUAAUGGGCGGCUCCACGCCCGCGAGGUGGCUCGCAUGGCACUAGCGCUGCUGGAUGCCGUGCGCUCCUUCCGCAUCCGCCACCGGCCCCAGGAGCAGCUGCGCUUGCGCAUAGGCAUCCACACAGGACCUGUAUGUGCUGGUGUAGUAGGGCUAAAGAUGCCCCGAUACUGCCUCUUUGGGGACACAGUCAACACAGCCUCAAGAAUGGAGUCUAAUGGAGAAGCCCUAAAGAUUCACUUGUCUUCUGAGACCAAGGCUGUGCUGGAAGAGUUUGAUGGUUUUGAACUGGAGCUUCGAGGGGAUGUGGAGAUGAAGGGCAAAGGCAAGGUUCGGACCUACUGGCUCCUGGGAGAGCAUGGGAAUAGCACCCGAGGCUGAGCUGUCUCCCCUGCUGUCCCUCCACACCUCACUUUCCUGUGCCAGAGGUGACAGUGCCAGGACUGGAGAAGUAGUUUAAACAGCUCAGGUGUGCCAACCCAAGCUGUCUUCCAAUGGAGGCACCAGAUGUGACCUCUGAGAGAGGGGUGAACUCAGAGUUCACAGGACUGACCAAAGCAUGUAGUCACACACAGUGGUGCACAUCUGCACAUGCAUCCCCACUCCACCAUGACUAGGGCCAGGCUGGAACAUGGAUUCCUGAAUCCUCUUCCUCCACUUUUCUAUACUGUGACUUUUUAUUGGAAAGGGAAAUUACUACCUACGGGAGAAUAUGACAAGAGACUCUAGGUGAAGGAAGGGGUGGGGGAAUCCAGAUCUGGGCCUAGUCUACAAGGCCACAAAUACUACCCAACAGUGGACACAGUGCACAGGGGAAAAGAGGGGUGGCAAAGAAGGGGUGCAGGUCUGUAUGCCUUGCUCCUCCUGUGAGCAAAGAUCAUUAAAAUCUUUCUUUCACUGACAGUGUCUCUUCUUGAGGGAGAAAGGGUUGCUAGAAAACAGCCAUGUUCUCCACCCUAUGCUACGGAAAGACUCUAAGCUGGAAAGGCAGGGUUUGAACAAAGCUGUACUCACCUACAACUUUGAGAAGACCAUGGGACAUCCAAUGAAUUUCCCAGCAUAGCUGAAACUGUACUGAGAUCUCCAAAGAGUUUUUGUUUAUGUGGCUUAUAUUUAUGAAUAUUGGCUGUAUUAGAGAUGAAAACAACCAAAAAAAUGAAAUUGAAUUUUAAUUUAUUAACUCAUUUAAGAUAA